AUGAGCGAAAACCCAUACUACGCUGGCAGAGAGGGUGGUGGCUUCAUGCAGGGUGGGUCGCCUUACGGCGGCGGCUCGCAGCAGAGCCCUGGCGGUGAAGGGAGGAAGCGUACCAACCAAUCACUCCGACCUGUUACGGUGCAACAGAUUCUCAACGCGGACCAGCCAGUGCCAGAGUCGGAUUUCCAGAUUGACGGCGCAGACAUUGGACCAAUCCAGUUUGUCGGUACCGUCCACAACAAGUCCUCGACGGCGACUAACGUCUCGUACGAGAUCGGUGACGGCUACGGCUACGUCGACGUGCGGCAGUGGCUGGACAGCUCGGACGACGAUUCUGGCAAGACUGAUGGCAUCGAGCAGGACAAGUUCGUGAGCGUCAUUGGCACCAUCAAGGUGUUCGGUGGCAAGCGUCACGUCUCGGCGCAGACGAUCCGGCCCAUCGAGGACCACAACGAGGUGUAUCACCACUUCCUCAAAGCGCUGCAGGUCAGCCUCACAAUCCGCAACCCCGGCGCUGCCCAAGGAGGUGCUGGGGCGGCUGGUGCGAAUGCCAACGCCAACGCCAACGCCAACAGCUACGCAGCGCCAGCGGCGGGCGGUGGCGACAUGUACGGCCAUCUUAUCCCAAUGCAGAAGAAGAUCAUGGAGAUUGUGUCGGCGGACACGAGCGGGGAGGGCAUGCACGUCAAGCAUGUCGGGCGCAUGUGCGGUGCGGUCAACGGCGAGGAGGUGAUGGAGGCGAUCGAGCAGCUCAUGGGCGAGGGCCUGCUCUAUUCGACGAUCGACGAUCUUCACGUCGCAGCGGCCACAUAA